AUGUCCGGCCGAAGCGCCUAUGUGCGCAAGAAGAUCACUCAAGCCGAGAAGGAAAAGGCGAGGGCAAGAUCAAAUACCGGCGGCAUAAUAGGAGAAUAUGAAGACCUCACCAUCCCCGAGUUUCCGCUUCCCCAGACCGGCGCAUCUUUACCCGUUGGCACCGGCAUCGGCACUACAAAUGCACGCUUCCUCAAGUUCUCAGAGCCUCCACGCGACAUCAAGCCAGGCACACCCAGCAUAGGCAGUGGCAGUGGAAGCAGUGAGGGCGGCCGUCGUGACGGGAGCUCCGGCCCCCUAGACGACUUCGCCUAUGCCCGCGCCCGGAGACCUACCAUCAAGACGGAAGACGUCUCGGGCAUUGAGAAGUCGGGUUUGCGAAGCAGGCUGGACAAGAAGAGCGAGGAUGUACGGAGAGGCCUGGCCAAGACUUUCACCUUCAAGCGCAAAGACAAGGAACUCGACUUCCGUCCUGAAUCCGUCGCUACUGUACGCCCGGGUCAACAUCAGAAUCCCGCCCCAAUGUCUCCCACGGAGCUCGACUACACCUAUGAACAGUUCAACAUGGACACGAUGCAGCAGAUGCACAUACAGCGGCAGAUGCACAUGCAACAGCAACAGCAGCAGCAGCAGCAGCAGCAGCACCAAUACCACAUGCAGCACAUGCAGCACAUGAAUCAACAAAUGCGACAUCAGGAUAUGGAUCUGCCUACAUCACCACCCCCGGCAUCGAAGCUGCCUCCUGUGCCGACCACGCCGCCCAUCAAGCGAUGGAUCGGCGCUGGAAGACCUGUUCAAAGGUGGAAUAAGCUACGCAAAGACCCCGAACUGUGGGAUCCGAAUGGUGAUGUUCUCGUCUUCUUCGGGCACAAGGGCCAAGCCCCACGGCCGAACCCAUCCUUCAGACUAUCCUCACACAUAAUCGAAGCGACCGAAUCGAGGUAUCUCAUCACGUUGCUUCGGGAGGGCACAACCGAGGAGGACAUCUACAUGCCCCCAUCUCCACAGGGUGCGCCACCCAUGCUUCGGCCACACAUGCGCGGUGGGCAACCGACACCGCCCAUCUCGGAGGAUCUCGGCGAAGCUGACGGGCAAAUUUCAUACGAAAUGUACUUCCCGACUCCUGCAAACAUGACCAAGACAGAACAACUCAGAAGCCAUAUUACAACAAGAAACGUCUUUGCCUUGCUCUAUCACGCAUCUCUGGUCGGGUUGACGCUUCACCAGGCUCUCUCCGACCUGCACAUGCGAUUGGAUGCCUACAUGCCACCGGACGCGGACAACGUCGGCAUGAUCUUGAACUAUCUGUCAGCCCGGGGAAUAGAUGACGUGCGCAACGACCCGGAAACGGCUGUCAGCUUGCUGGCGUGGUCUGAAGGCCAGCUGGAGACAUGCGCCGACUUCAAAGACCUCACGCCCAUCACCCGCGCGCUCCUGGAGCGGGCAUGUCUCGAGACGCAGCUCCGCGUCCAGGCGGCCGAAGAAAGACUCGUGGAGUUCCAGUAUGGCGACCUGUGGCCGGCAGGUGUUGGUGGUCAGGCAAAGGCGGCUGCAGACCGUUUACAAAAGUUCUUCUUGAACCACUACCUUCACUCACAAGGAGCGUGGCCGCCGGCUCAGACAACUGGUCUCCCAGACUCCGACGGCGAGGACAUAUGGCUUACAAGGAGCGUGGCACAAUCAUUGCAAAAGGACUUUGGGGCGCUGUAUGACUACCUCGUCAACCGCGAUAUUGUCUGGGACAUGUCCGAGGCGCGAUCAGGGCGCAAAUGGAUGAUGCAGAGCGAAAAGGACAAGGGAUUUGACGCCGACAUCGACAUUCCCAUCACAGACAUCCUCGUCGAGUUCGACAAUAAGUUGCGGUUUCCACAUAUCCCUCAUCCAUACCCCAUGGUACCCGAAUCCAUUCCGCCAGCGCCGUCAAAGGAGAGCUCCAUGUUCAAGAAGAAGACUGGCGCAGGUGCCAACAACGGUGGCCGAGCGGGUGCCCUGGAACGACGAGUUCAGUUGGCAUACACCGAGGCCACUAACAUUUAUAUCCUUGGUUCUGACUUUACACAAUCGGACCUAAUUGACGCCUUUGUGAAAUUCGAAAAGAGCGACAGUGUCACUGAGGUCGAUCCGGCCGUAGCCCGACGGGGACGUUGGGUUCUGAUCUACGGCAUUCUACAGACGCUGGCGAGUGUGUCGGUGGACGCCCCCAACGUGCGAUACCGCGACGGAGUGCCGUAUCAUCUGUCUCCGCGCCUCAGGGGCACAAGAGUCCCUCCGUGGAAGGGCUCCAGCACGACAGACGAAGCCUCGCACGAGCUAUCUCACUGUUGGAUAGUACAGCUCAGCUGGAACACGCCGAACAACGGCGGCGCUGAGAGUUCGGGCGGACCGGGCAAUACCAGUCCAGUGCAAAACCUCGCCCGCCCAUUUGCGUACCCGCGCGCCCCGGCUUCGACGACAUCGCGAGGGUCUGGGUAUCAGACGACCGGGACCCGGUCCAUCCACUCGACGGGUUCGGCGCCUCAUUUCAGCUCGGCGUACAGCGUCGUUAGCGAAAGCGACACAGCCAGCAGCAUCCGUACACCAGCAUCCAGUCGACCUGGUACCAACAUGAAGAGAGCGCAGUCGCGAGAUAAUGUCAAGGGCCUGGGCGGCGGACCGGGAAGCAUGCGCAGUGCCGCCACGUUUGGCGGCACCGGCGCCGGCGGCGUAGAGCGAGGAGAGGCAAUGGAACUGCCCAUUCGAAGGCGUGACUUGAGCGCCUUCUUGGAUAAUAACGGCUCCCACGGCAAUUAUGCGCGAUCCAGCAGCGCCUCGCAGCACGAGCAGCAGUCGCUCCCCUUGCCAAGCAACAUCACGGGAUCAGGAGGCUUCCUUGCAUUCGACGACACGUUGGAUAGGAAGAGCGCGCGGGGUGGGUAUAGUCAUGGACGAGUGAAGCGCGAGGGGUCUGAGACGGACAGCAUGGCGCCACGAAUUCGGGACUUUGAUUUGGAUGUGAUUGAUGAUCAUGAGCCAUGA